GCAGACGGGCUUGGCACACCAACAACAGUGAGCGUCCUCUGGUAUAUAUGCUGCUCAUCCUUCCGCAACAUAUAGUUUGGUUCCCGGUGUUAAAGAUAAGUCAAAGCGGGAUUAUAUGACAUCACAGCUCGGUUUCUAUGUUUGAUAGAGCCAGAUAUACAACUUUACCCUCUAAUCUCUCGGAUACUAGCACGCACAACAAGACUGAAACGUUUGAAAGAAACUGUUUCGUCCGUCGGCGAAGAUUCGCUAGUUGACGAUGAUUUUUGCGAAUUCUGGCCACCCAGUGAGGACGUCGCAUUAUCGUAAACAGCCCCCUUUUGGCCACACCUCCCACCCAAUGGCUCCGCCCAGUCCUGGAACCAACAGCAGCACUAAUCACAGCAGUAGCAGCAGCACUGCCGGCUGGGAGCAGCUCAGCAAAACGAACCUGUACAUCCGUGGAUUACCCCCAACGACCACUGACCAUGACCUGGUCAAACUCUGCCAGCCAUUUGGAAAAAUCGUAUCAACGAAGGCCAUCUUAGACAAAACCACAAACAAAUGCAAAGGUUAUGGCUUUGUGGAUUAUGACAGCCCGGCUGCAGCUCAGAAAGCCGUCAGCGCUCUGAAAAGCAGUGGAGUUCAGGCACAGAUGGCAAAGCAACAGGAACAGGACCCCACUAAUCUUUACAUCUCUAACUUGCCACUGUCGAUGGAUGAACAGGAGUUAGAGAGUAUGCUGAAGCCCUUCGGACAGGUCGUCUCCACGCGUGUCCUGCGUGAUGCCAACGGGGCCAGCCGAGGGGUCGGAUUUGCAAGGAUGGAGUCGAAAGAGAAAUGUGAAGCCGUCAUCUCACACUUCAAUGGCAAAUUUCUGAAAACACCAGCCGGAGUCAUGGCUCCGUCAGAGCCCUUGCUGUGCAAGUUUGCAGAUGGAGGGCAGAAGAAGCGACAGAGUCAAAAUAAAUAUGUGCAGAAUGGACGAGGCUGGAACAGAGAUGGGGAGACCAGACUUGCUGGAAUGACCCUCACGUAUGACCCCACCACAGCUGCUAUGCAAAAUGGAUUUUAUCCGACCGCCUACAGUAUUUCAAACAGAAUGAUCUCUCAGACUCCCAUGUCUCAAUACAUCUCACCUAUGUCCACAUACCAGGUACAGAAUCCAUCCUGGGUCACCCAUCAGCCUUACAUCAUGCAACAUCCAGGAGCUGUGAUAUCGCCCUCUAUAGAUCACUCCAUGUCACUGCAGCCCACGUCUAUGAUGAGCCCUCUAACCCAACAGAUGAGUCACCUCUCAAUGGGCAGUGCAGGAACUUUUAUGACAGCCAGUCCAGCUCUGCAGGGGCCAUACAUCCCUUCAUACACUCAUAUGCAGACCAAUGCAAUCUCAGUAGAGGAGAAUAGUCCACAACCUCAGAUGGAAUCGUCCAGUGACUCACCUUAUACCUAUCAACAGGCCAAGUAAUGAAGAGGGUUAGUCGGGUCGAGAGCGAGUCAGGCAACUGCUAAAUCAAUAACAGCUUCCCGAAGGACCGGCUCUACCGAUGAAUUCACAUUUGCACAGGUUCUACAAUAAGUUCCUCGGUUUUUGUAAUUAAACGACUUCGACUAUUUUUGGUAUAAGUUCCAUUAGGUGCAAAUAAAGGAUUCAUCAGAGGAUGCUAACUCUCAAAGAAAGCGUGAAAAAAAAAAAGUUUUAUUUUAAUAAGGAAAAAAAAUGCUUAUUUUUUAUCAAGAAUUGUCACGUAGAUGCAGGAACUUCAGCGGAGAUGUCCAUUGUUUUUUAUUUUCAUGAUUUCAGAUUUGUUUGAUCUUUUUCUCUUUUCUUUUGUACUUCAAUAGAUAUUUGUUUUUAGAGAUUUAUCAUCCUGAGAAAGAUGAGUUUGUGUUUGCCGUGUGAGUGUUGUUUGUUGGUGACGUGUUUUCUGUCGUGUCAGUCUGAUCGGUCGAUCUGUUUGUGUUCUACGAUUUGCCUUAAAUUUUUCCCAUACGGUAGUUAAAGAAUAUCGCGAGAGAUAACGCCAUCUACUGCCUUGUAAAUCAGCUUGAAUAGGGCUUUUCUAGCAUCUAGCAAACGAACAUUUUCGCAAUGCUUGGAUUUUUCUGUGUUUCGCUUCUUUUUUUUCUUCUUUGGAGCUUUUAGAGUACAAACUUUUGAGUGAUUCAAAUUGAUGGAGUUUUAAUAGGAUUUAAUGUUUUUAUAAUCAGAGGUAACGAUCCUUUGGUUGUUUGAAUGUGGUAGAAAUUCUGCUAAACGAUCACAUUUUUGAUAAUUGCCUUUGUUUUCGUUUAGAAAUCGUGGUGUUGUAGUGUAGCUUUAGAUGAACUCGUGUGGGUGGGGGAAGUGCUUUGACUUGUAUUCUAAUCUUGGGGAAGGGGGCGUGGCCUGUCAGUCAAGCCGAAUAUCGUGUGUCACAUUCGUUCAGAUGCAGGCGAACAUUCAGAAUAAACCUUCAAUGACUUUCAACAGAAGUCUGGUGGGGUUCUUUAGGAGAGGUGAACAUAUAGAUUUUAGUGCUCGUUUAUAGGAGGCAAACAAAACUUGGCACUUUCAAGUUUACUUCACCAAAGACAGAAUUUAACGUCAUUUCCUCUGAAGGCGGGCCAUACUGAGACAUUUUAACACGCUUGGGGGGGCAGUUUUGACCGAAAGUGGUUUUUCGUUAGAAAACACAGUUGAACCGAAUGCACGUGUCUUAAGAUGCGUUCUUUUUUUAAAGUUGACACGCCAUCUAAAAAACACAAUCUCAGUCAAAUACGUCUGUCUAGCGCAUGUUUUCAUUGGAAAAACAAUAGGAAAACAGUAUAAACGCAUUUGGUGAGAACGGCCCCUUAAAUUGCAGUUUGGUGAAUGUGCCGCCUUUUGUACAUAUGCAUUCAGCUGUCUUUAGUUCUUAAGACGUGGACAACAAUAGCAUGAAGGACGAUUUGGAUCCAGCAAGUGCCACAAACUAAAACAACAUCACUACAGAGCGGAGACAACUGAAACUAAAAGAGAAAGUGGACAGGUUAAACGAAUGGCUCUGUUCCCAAAACCUAGUGAGCUGCCUUACUGUCUACAGCGUACAUGGGCAGCAUCCUAACUGAAAUGGUGACUGGUCAAAAGUGACCGAUUUGGAGUGCUCUACUUAGGCGGCCACUUUUCCGCUACUUAAGGCGGCAGCGUGAUCAUGCAGCACCGGAGUGCGCCUGUGUAACCUUAAAAUGUUGCCAAAUGUGUAGUCGGCUCACUAGAUUUUGGAACACAUCCUUUGUGAUUAUAAACGCAUAUAUGAUAGCAAAAACAAUACGCAACAGAAACCUGUUUUUGUCAUUUUUAAAAUCACAAUAUACUUUUAGCAAGUCUUUAUUGAUUAAUUUGUCUUCCAAAAGACUGUUUUUGGCCUGGUGAGUCUCGUUGACCGCUUAUCUACCUCAAGAGCUUUGUUCUCCUCUGUUUUGAUUGGUCGGGCUAGCAGGUUCAGCCCGCCCCUCCAGACCAAACGGGCGGCUCAGGAGCUGUCCAAAUACACUUGAUUUCUUUCAGGUUUUGUUUUUUAAAUACUUUGAUUCUCUUCUUUUUCUUUAAAUAAACAACAACGUUUUUUUUAUUUUAUUAUUGUUAUUGUUACGGCUAUAAGAAAAGUUGUGCGUUGAACAUGUCUGGUGUGAUUUAGCGUUCAGAUUCAUCGUUUCAAAAGCAAAAUACGUUGCUUUUAUCGUCACAAGAUAUUCCAGUAGUUGAUGAAUCCAUUAAACGUGUCCUAACCAGGUGACGCAAUAUAGCACCAAGCGACAAAAGCUGGCUUUUGGUUUUUUGUUUUCAGUGACGUACGACAGGAUGUUUUGUCGAUCGACUGGCUUCUAUUAUCCAGGCAUCAUAUUGGGUCGCCCAUCCCGCUGAAAAUCAAAAAGUAAUCCAUUAGAAAUGACUUCUCAGAUUGUGGAAACAUUAUUUGCAUCACUAAUUACUUUUAAGUUACUUUAUAAAACACAUUUGACAGAAACGUUUGUUUCUCCACUCAGCAAAUUCAAAAUUCGCUGUAUUUCCUUCUUGUUCGUUGUCGCACACCCUUCAGUCACUUUUUAUCUUAAAAUAUUCAGAUUGCACAAAUUAAUUACUUUGUAAUCAGAUUACACCCCACACUGGUCGAAGUUGUCCCGAUUCUUCUAACUGUAAAUGAUCUUAUAACGUUCAUUAAGCUGUGAUUUUGUUUUGGAUGUGCAUAAUACAUUUUUUCAAAACUGACUAGUCAUUUAUAACGAAGCUGGUUUAAGGUUUACUUGAUCACAAUCGGAUGUGUUUUUAAGGUUUGAGUAUGCUUCGGUUUCUUGCGCACAGUCGAGCACUCAAUAACACUUUCUAUGAUGCCCAUAUGUUUAAUGCAUUGUAAAGGUAUUUUAAAUGCAUUAUACUGCAUUCAUAAUGUCUCAUAAUACACCUUAUAAUGAGUUAUAACUUCUCAUAAAUAAUUGCGACUACUGUAAAAAUACACUAUAAGACUUCCCCUAUUCAUAGUUGUACUGUAGAGUAUAAUGCUUUAUAACACCAGCAACAUCGCAGCAGAAGUUAAUAAAGUUAAUGUUAUAAGUGCUGUAUAGUGUAAACAGUUAAAUGGCUUUAUGACAUCAUCUUAUUAUAAGAGAUCUUUACCUGCUGCAAGUAAAGUUACAAAGCAAUAUCUUCUUAUAAACAGCCAUAACAUAAACGUGUAACAUACAAAACAUCACAAGUCAAACUUAUAUAAUGGAAGUUAUUUAUAAAAUAAAUCUCCAAAUAAGAUGCACAAACAUUAAACUUAUUCACAAGAGCCUAAAACUUUUGCACAGUACUUUAUAUAUAUAUAUAUAAUUGGGUGUUUACAACAUAAGAGAGUUUCUGAUAUUUUUUAUCUUUGUGUUUUUUGUAAAAUCUCAGAUUUGACACUGAAUGUGUUAUUUUAUAUUUUGUGCAUGUGUCUGUAUAUAACUUCCAGCAUGACUUGCAAUGUCUUAUAACCACUUAAUAAUAUGUUAUGGAUGUUUAUAAGAAGACUUACUGCUCUUGUUAGUUUUAUUGUCACAUUACAAAUAUAUAUAUAUAAUACAUUAUAACUUCUGCUGAUAAAAUUGUAUGUUGCUUAUGUUAUAAUGCAUUCUACUCUAAUGUAUAACUAUGAAUAGGUCAUUGUUAUAAUUGAGGUUACAAUUAGUUAUAACAUAUUAUAAGGUGUAUAAUGUAACAUUUAAUUAUGCAUUAUAAUGCCUUCACGAUGCAUUAUAAAUAUAGGCUACAUAGAAAGUGUUACCGUAUACUCUUUUAGACGUGAGCCCAUACAGGCGCGUUCGACGCAUGCACAGUAAAUUAGUCGUAUAGCACAGUCAAUGACACUCGCAUGCACCAAUGAUGCAAUAACGCAUUGUUAAAAUUUGAAAUAUUUUUUUCUAAAAACUAAAUGCGAUGGCCAAAACAUCUGUUUGAAUGUUAAAGGGGACAAAUAGUUUCCAAGAGGGGUUUACCUUGCAAACAGCUAAAGCCACAAAUGAUAAAAAAAUAUCAAAACAAGGAAAUAAACAAGAUAAUCGACACACAAAUCGAUUUAUUGAAGACUGGUUUCACAUUCGAUGACAAAAUUGCUUGUUGCCAGAAACUAGUCACAUCACGCCUGGUUAGGACACGAUCACAGGACACGAAAGCGCAAGAGAGAACGUUAGAAAGCUAAAAGUUGUGGUUUCCCACGAUCUGUACUCCCAAGAAAUAGCAGUUUUUUUCAGGCGUUGUCCAAACAGACAUUUAGCAGCGUAAGAGUCGCUGAGUCCCUCUCUUGAAGUGUGUGUGUUUGUGUGUGUCUGUGGAGUUCUUGUGUGGGUCAUGCUGCUAGUAACAACAGAAUCCGAAGUGCCAAUUUGCGUCCGGGUCAGAAGAGAUGGACAGAGGUGUGUGUGCAGAGGGACAUGCUCAUGAAUAUGAGAAAUCAUGUACUAGACAGUCAUUAAGUUAUAUGAAAAACUAAUAAUUUAUGAAGAGAGAACUUUUGUACAGACUCUUUGAAAAAAUAAAAAUGAUAAAAAGGUUUUCAUAGAGAUAUCUAUAUGAGAGUUAAUUUUGUAAUUUUUAUUUCUUUUUUUUUUUUUUUUUUUUUUUUUUUUUACAUGUGCCACACGCUUGCCAGUGGUAACUUGUACAUUUGGUUUUAUCAAAAACCUUCCUCUGUCAUUGUUUUUUUUUUUUUGGAAUAUUUGUUUUAAGCUUUUUAUUGCUUUUUCCCCUUGUUUCCAGUAGAUUGUUAAUCAAGCUUUAUUUCUGUUCAUUUCUUGAAGAACUUUUGAAUAAAAACACUUUUUUUUUUUGUUUUAUUCAUGUUGUGUUUGUGU